UUCUGGACAGAGUUUGGAACAAUCACAGCUGUGCUAUGCAGGAGAUCCUCACUUCUCACUUUACUCAGUCCACUUCUCUGUAUUGAAGCCACUGUUUGGUUGGUUACACAUGUUAUUACAAAUGACUGUGUGCUGAGUUACAGUUUUUUUGUCUUCUGUUUUAGACACAAAUCCUCCAGGCCAGAAAACAUAUCAUUUAAUUGAAAACUUAAUGAAUUGGGACGAUGCCCAGACUUACUGCAGAACACACCACACAGACCUGGCUAUGAUUGAGGAUGCUCAAGAAAACACAAAGAUGAUGUCAGCAGCACAGUCAACAUAUAAAGCGUGGAUUGGUUUGUACCGAAUACUAUGGAGUUGGUCUGACAAGAGCAGCAACAGCACCUUCAGAAACUGGGAAGAAGGACAGCCGAAUAACUAUGGCGGUAAUCAGUACUGUGUACUUGAGAAUUCAAAGCACCAGUGGAAUGAUGAUUAUUGUGACAGAGAGUAUCCCUUUGUGUGUCAAAGAGACCUAAAACUGAAGAGGAUGUUGAGGAUGAAGAUUCAGAGUGAUGCUGACCUUUCAGAUCCAGCUUCUAGUAACCAGAUGCUACAGCAGCUACAUGCAGUGCUGAUGAACAGGACCUCAAUGGUUGACUUUAAGCUGGUGUGGAGGACUGAACCCAGGAAACAAGAGCAAGACGAUGAAAAAAAAGUUACUUGUAACUGAUGUUUUUACAAGCUGCAAAAAAAUGAAUGAAUGCCUGUAACCAUAAUUAAUGUAGCUCAAUGACUGUUAACCCAAAGUAGUACAUCAAAUACUCAAAACAAAACAUGUUGUAAUCUUCACUCUCUGUGCUUCAUCUGAAUAUGAAGCUCAAUGCAGUGUGGCUCAGGGUAUAUCACAACAAAUACCA